UAAUCUCGAAAGGAAAAAUUUUAAUAUGACAAGAACCCUAAAAUUGAUUCUAGUGUAACAGCCGCUUAACUUCAUUCAUCCUCCUCUACUACUCUUCUUCUUCUUCUAAAACAGUGAGAACAUUCAAUACAAAUUUUAUGAAGCGGCGCUAUUGAUAACAGAGAAAUUUGGUGAAAAUAUGGCUUCAAGAAAGCUUCUUCGUGAUUUCUUACUUUCACAUCGAUCUCUUAUUCUUCCUCAACAACAAGGUGUGAAGACGAUACGUAGAUACGGUGUGUUCAAUGAGUUCUCUAACAAAGUUAAAGAUGAAACUGUUAAAAACCCAGAAUUCCAAAAGUCUGUGAAGGAACUGAAGGAAAAAGCAGAAGAACUUAAAGGGGUAAAAGAAGGUCUGAAAGAAAAAACAAAGCAGACAACUGAGCAGCUGUACAAGCAAUUUGAUGGCGUGUGGAAAGAAGCUGAAGCUGCUGCAAAGAAGGUUUCUCACAAUGUUAAAGAGAAAAUUUCAGCUGCAACUGAGGAGGUGAAAGCUGGGAUAGGAAAGCAGGACUCUUCAGGAUCAACAGAUUCUUCAACAAAACAGGAUGCGGAUGCAAAGCAAGGAAGACAGACAUCACCCGAGGAAGAGAAAAACCAGGAAUCUGCUUCUGGCAAUGCUUCAGAGUCAUUGUUUGGAAAAUUUAAGUCAACCUUUUCGUCACCAAAAGUUUCUACUUCCUUCCAAAAAUUAAAGGAUGCAAAAAUUGUGGACAUGACCAAGAAAGGUUAUGACAUACUAAAGGAGGAACUAAGUGGCAACACACCUAAGAGACAGCCUGUUCAUUCCACUCCUAGCGGCGAAACAAGUACAAAAACUGAUCUUGUUGUUAUGCCCUCUAACCAAUCUUGGUGGAGUAAGAAGUUUGAUGAGAUCAGGGAUAAGGUGAAAAGCCAUCCUGCAUCCAAGCGUUUCUUUAAAUAUACUGACCCAGUGAAGACAAAGAGCCAGGAGAUGGUAGAUGACUUGCGGGAUAGAAUUGAAACAAGUGACAACCCCAUUAUUAACAAAAUACAGGACAUCAAUGAUACCAUAUUUCAAGAGACAGAUGCUGCACUUGCACAUAAGGAAAUACAUCGACGGGAUCCUAAAUUUUCCUUACCAGAAUUUGUGGCAGAAGUGCAGGAGGCAAUAAAACCAGUGCUUAAUGCUUACAUCAAGGGAGAUGUUGAAACACUGAAGAAGUACUGCUCGCCUCAGCUGAUUGAACGCUGUAAAGCAGAGCAUGGUGCUUAUAAAAGCCAUGGUAUCUUCUUUGAUAACAAGAUCCUGCAUGUAUCCGACGCGGAUGUAAGAGAAGCCAAGAUGUUGGAAUCAUCUCCGGUCAUUAUUGUAGUGUUUCAAACACAGCAAAUCUAUUGUGUACGUGAUAGGAAUGGGGAAAUUACAGAAGGAGGCAAGGAUACAAUCCACACAGUAUUUUAUCUAUGGGCUUUACAACAAAUGGAAGAUGGAGAUCACGGAGAGGAUGCUAUUUACUAUACGUGGAAAUUGAGAGAGAUGCAGCAGCAAGGCAUACAAGCUCUCAUUUAGUUUUCCCCUUUUUUCCCGUUUUAGGGAUUUGUAUAAUUGAGCUUUUGCUACACACAUGUAUUUCAUUUUUUGGGGCUAAUUUUUUAACAUCUAGCUGAGAUCCUUUUUUAAAUUAUCAUUAUUUUUACUAAUGUUAUUUAAAAAGUAACAUGACGGUAAGAAUUCAUUUUUGUAUAAGAUGAGCUAGCUUGAUGCAUGGUAAAUUAUGCUCUAGCUUUGUCCCAGAAAUGGCAAAAAAAGAUAAAAUGGAGGAUAAA